GUUUUAUUGUAAAACCUGGCGGUGCAAAGACUCAGACAGGUUUGGUCCGUCGAAAUCCCCCCUCCCACCUAGAAAUGGCGCCGCCGUCGCCCCGCGACUCCAAGAAUCGACGGCCACAGCAUUCAUCGCUCGGCCUCCGUUACCUCCUACUGGGUUGUGUCGUUGUCCUUGUGACGUUUCAAGCAUACGUGGCCUAUGCGUCGACGCGGACUGCUGGCCGCACACAGAGUUUCCGUACAAGCAACGCCCACUGGGAACCCGACGUGCUGCACCUGAACCAGUUCAACGAGCUGUGUCUGACCAAGGGAGACACGGUAAUUGCGUGGAAACCGAAUCAUCAUGUGCGCAUUCUCAAGCAGGACACGAACCCCGACGUGUUGUUGUCGGAACUGAGGCAAUGUCCUGAAGUUGACGUGUUCUUGCCGGUGGGGAUACGGUCCCACGGGUACUGCGAAGACGCGAUGGCGUACGUCAAGUUUCUGCACACGCGAGCACUGCCCAUGUGGGUGUUUGGCAUGGAGUUCCACGACAGCGACGGAAAGGUGUCCACGUACUUUGACCUGUGUCCGAAUUCCGCCGUGAUGUUCAUGAACCACUACUGGGACGGUCUUGACCAAAUGACCACGUUUCCACCGCAAAAGAAGAUCGUCUUGAUGCCGAACGUGGAAAUGUACGAGCUAAAGCCGACGCACUACCAACGCGCAGACUACGUCAUUGCCAAGACCAAGGACGGGUAUCGCCGCAUCACAGACUGGUACAAGACAGCUGGUAACAACCCUCGCAACACCCAAGUCGUGUUUGCCCAACACACGACCAGCGACCCGACCGCAACAGCGGCGCUCAAGGCAAAGACGGACCCGACCUUCGGCGCGAUCGCUCCAAAAGACUGGGACAACCUCACCAUUUUCCACGCAAACGGCCGCAGCACUCAAAAGAACACGCCCAAAAUCCUCGACUGCUGGCACGACCGGCCGGACAUGCCGCUCCUCCACGUGUACUCGAACGACGGGCCGUCCAACGACACGUACUGGAACCAUUUCCGCGACAAGAAGCCGUGGAAUCUGAAGUAUCACAACGGCGAAUUCAUCGAGCCGGCCAAAUUUGGCAAGCUGAUGGCAGAAGCGUCGGUGAUUUUGUGCCCGAGUAUCAUGGAAGGAUUUGGCCACUACAUCAACCAAGCUCGCGCUGCGGGCGCCCUCGUCGUCACAACCGACGCCGCGCCCAUGAACGAGUUUGUCGAUGAGUCCAGUGGGGUGCUCAUCGAGAACGCUGUCGCGCGGCCGACGUGGGGCAAGGUUCUGAUGGGCAAUGACGACACGGAAUUCGACGUGACCCCGGGCGAUAUUUGUGCCGCCAUGGACAAGAUCCUCGCCAUGUCCCCGCACGAACGCGCGAUGAAGGCGCGCGAAGGUCAGCAGCGGUAUUUCGACCAGCUCCAAUUUUUUAGCGAUCGCAUGGACGACUUUCGGUCGACGUUGCGGGCGGAAAUGCAAAAGCGCGCGACGCCGUAGAGCCCCAUAUUAUUCCUAGCGUGUAUUUAGUUUCGGGUAUAUGGUCUUGCGCCGACUCGGCGCCAAAAUUGGAUUAACACCCGUGGCAGUCUUGUUGUUCGACUGAAAUGGAGCCUUGCAA